AUCAACACAGAGAGGAAGACCAUCGAUCAACGUGAAAGAAUGGUUAGAACACGAGCAAUGGCUACGGGUACCCGGCCAAAGGCCCAGCCUCUCCCGGCAAAGCCUACCCAGGCCGAAAAAGCCGCCAAAGCCGCCAAACUAAAGGCUGAGAGGGAGGCAAAAAAGGCCGAGAAGGCUGCAGCGAAGGCUGUAAAUGAUGCGAAGAAAGCUGCAGUAAAAGCAGAAAAGGACGCAAUUAAGGCCGAAGCGAAGGCCAAGAAAGCUGCAGAGAAGGCUGCAGCAAAGGCUACAGCAAAGGCCGCGAAAGUUUCCAACACCAAACUCAGCACAAAACGCGCAAAGAGCACAAUGGGCAUACCUGCCGCAAAGGCUAAAGCUACCAAAAUCACCAAGGCCACAAAGGCCACAAAGGCCACAAAGGCCACAAAGGUCACCAAGGUCGCCAAGGUUGCCAAAGUUGCCAAAGCUACGAAAAAUAUCAAAAAGGCGAAAGCUGCAAAAAGAGUUAGCGCAGUUCUUGUGGAACCUCUAGCAAAUCAAUAUGAAGAAGAGACAGAUGAUGACGAUGAUGAUGAUGAAGAUGAAGAUGAGGAUGAAGAGAACGAAGAUCACAUUGAACCACAGGCAAAAAGGCGCAAGAUUGCGACUCAGGAUCUUCGCAGACCUUAUGUCGAAGUCAGCGCGCCUAAAGCAAAGCGUCCGAGCUUCCAAAUUGGGGAAUGGAACUACAUGAGAAAAGCAUUUAUUCCAGAAGGUCUGGAGAACGAAAAUAAAGGACCUCUACCAGACAUCUAUAUUGGAGGCACUGCACCACAGCCUCGUUGGGUAAUCACUCAAAAUGAAGUCAUACAACUUCCUAUCAAGCGACAACCUGCCUCCUCAAAUGCCAGCUCCGGGAGUAUGGAAAAAAGGGAAUUUGGAGGUUUACAGUGGAUCUUUGAAGAAGGCGAUUUCCAGAAUUGGGCCGGGCUGGAAUACCCAGCUCUUUACGAACUUGCGUUCUUGUGCCUCGAAUAUACCCUCAUUGAUUCAAAGAUCCGAGAGCAGAUCUAUGAUUCCCUGGCUCAGGGCCCCUUGCCCAAGGAGGCAAUCGAAGGGAACAUAUGGUACCCAGCUCUGCCGCCGAUUCCCAUCACAAGGCAUUUCAUUCCAGGAUCCUCCGCGCAAACUAGUCGAAAGUCAAGUGAUGCGACCUUUUAUUUCGGAAGCUAUGAGCGCCCAAACGUGGCAGUUCAACGUCGUGAUGAACGCCUCGCGCAGCUGUACCCGCAGGCCGUGGCUUCCAGUCUAUAUAUUCGACCGACAUCCGAGAAUUGGCCGAGUGCUCCGCGCUCUGCAAGUCCAGAUCCAGAAAACGAGGAUGGUAGCGAAGAAAAUCAAUCAGUCAAGUCCAGGAAGUCUGUGAGAGGGAAGCUUUACCGGGAACGAAAUCCAGUGGACACUUUCUCCGGACCGACAGCAACUAUGUCUCUUCGAAACGAGCAGAGCAUCAAACAAGACAUGGAACAGGCCAGCGAGCAAGAUUUCGAGCAGGACAGCGAGCAGGACAGCGACGAUAGCCGGUCAGCUAGGUCCAGGACGUCGUCUGCGUCCAGGAAGCUUGACCUGGAACUAACCCAAGAGGGCACUUAUUCGGAGCCGACAACCCCUGUGUCUCUUGAAAAUCAUGAGAAACAUGCACGACUUGGCAUAGCCUCGGAAAAUGGUUCAAUAUUUGGUGACGGUGAUGACUUCGAAGAUAACACUCAAGCAGAGCCUGGCUCGGCUCGAGACUCUCGAGAACAAUCUCCUAACAGCCUCUUCUCUGGCUCCGGGUCCGACAGCGAGGUCAGCGCUUCUCCCGAUAGCAAUGAGCAAAGCAAUGUCAACGUCGCUGACGAUAAUAGCGCCCAAUCGACGAAUAGCCUGUCCCCAGUAUGCCAUGAUGGGCUCUUCAGCCCUGGACAGAUUGAUAGCUAUUAUCGCGAGAGGAACAGAGAAAGGCUAGGCGGACUUGGACCUCACGAAGCGCCAGAACGAAAGAGCCAAGCACAAUCCUCAAGCUCUGGGACGGAUGUAUGGGAGCCAACCAGAGCCGUAAUGGGAAAAAGAAGUUUCGAAGAAGAGCUCGGAAGUUCAAGUAAAAGAAGUCGACUGGAAUCGCCAUUAACACCGUCACUACCCGCCACUCGAAGAAAGAUUCCGGCUGAUACCAGGGCGGACAAUGUUAUGACAUUCGCAGAGAUGCUACAAAAGCAACGGGAGGAAAUGCGAGCCACUGCAGCAGAGAAAAUAUCAGACAAACCGCCGGUGGCACUCUUGAAGAAGGCUACGCAAAAUCAGGCGAGUGCAAGAUUACAGGCGGAUGCACCUAGUCCUGAGAUUCUGCCUAAUCUGCAAGACAAGUUCCUUGAACAGACUAAGGCAUAUCUCAAUGAUCCAAUCCAGAGGGCAAAACAUUUCCCUGACCCUCUUGCUGUCCGCCGAGCUAGGGUGUGGGCAGGGGAGGAAGUAGUGGGCUAUGAGAUCAAACCCACAGUCGACGCCACACUUCCCCCUUGGUCUGAAAGGCAUCGGCCUUUCGGUCAAUGGCAGGAUCCGAUUGGGGUAGCCCCUGGGCCUGCGAUGCGCACAAAGGUCUCGAGAUGGAAAAAACGGAGCAGGGGACAAAGUAAGAGAAGACCAAGACCAGCAUCUGCAAAGGAGCAGUCAGUCAGUUCAGCCCGGUGGUCCCCGUUUAGAUAA